GUUGUCUCUUCUGAAGGCUGGAAAGGCGCGACUGCUCAUCCUUUCCUCGUAAGACAGACGCUCCAGUCCCGCAACCAUCCCCCUUUGCCCUCCACUGUCCCCGCUCUAGGAGCCCCUUGUCCCUCUUGUACUGAGACUCGGUACAGACUCGGCCUGAACAGCGGGGAAACCCAACUCACGGUAACUCCGCCCGCGGGUCCCACCUCCAGCCCCACCCGGGGCCAGGAGCUCCGGGCGCACCUCCGCCGGCUUUUGCCCGCGCGAGCCGCCGUCGGCGCCGGGCGGCCCCGCCCUGGGGGGGCGCGGCGGGCGCUGCCGGGGGCGCCAUUGGCCCCGCCGCCGGUGCCCCGCGCAUCUCCCGCGCCGCCGACACCGCCGGGGGCAGCCGCCGAUGCGGCGCCCGCCCGCCCGCGCCUGCCAAGAUGGCGGCUCCCGGGGCGGGGGGCGCCGGGGCGCUGCCGCCCCCUCCGCCCGCUGAGGACGAGCCCCCCGGGACCCGCGGGACUCCUCCGGGCGCGACGGCAGCGGGGCGAGAGGAGGGCGGCGGCAGCGGCGCGGAGCUGCUGGCGGUGACGGAGGAGCUGGUGCAGAGCUUGGCCACCCUGGAAGCCGGCGCGGGGGCGGCGAGCGGCACCGUGCUGUACCUGCAGGCGGACGGGAGCGCGGCGGGGGGCGCGGGGCCGAGCGCCGGCGAGCAGCGGCGGCUGCUGGAGAGCCUGGGGCCGCCCUCGCCGCCCCGUCCCGCCGCCGCGCCGCUGGCCCCCGCGGAGCUCCGGCGGGUCAUCGAGCAAGUGAGCAAGGCCCAGGAACAGCUGAAGCCGGCGGCGACCGCCGCGCCCCCGCCGCAGCCCUGCCCCGCGGGCGGCAUCAUGCAGAACGCCGCCCGGCAGCUGCAGAGCGUGGCCCAGCAGGUCGCCCUACAGCAGGGCAGGGCCGCGGCGGCCGCCCGCCUCCUCCCGCAGAAGCAGCUGGAAGCCAUUUGCGUCCAAGUUCAGCCAGGACAGAUGAAGGAAACUGAAGGGCCAGUGACAUCAUUGGCACCAAUCCAGUCCAAAACUAUAACACUGAGUCAGCCAGUUGGUAGGAACUCUAGCAUACCAGGACUUGGCAUUAUUAAUCCCCAGAUAAUUAGGAUACAGCCUGUUUCAGGAACUGAGCAGCAGCAGCUAUUCCUGCAUAGUUCUUCUGAGUCUCUGGUUCAGUUGCUUAUGCAGAGGCCUUUGCCAUCUCAUGGAUCAGUGUCUGUGGACAAGAUUUCCCCAUCUAAGAUGGUGAAUGGGCAGAGGGCUGCUUGUGCCACAGCAUCAGCUUCAAGGUCUUCAAAUCCUACUGUGGCUGCAGCCAGUUCAGCAAGUACACUAUGCCUUGAAAAAAAGCAAAAAGAUGACAAGUUAAAGAAAUCCUUGAAGGUGAAAACUCGUUCUGGACGGAUUUCACGCCCCCCCAAAUACAAAGCUAAAGAUUAUAAAUUCAUUAAAAUGGAGGAUUUGGCUGAUGGUCAUCAGUCUGAUUCUGAUGACUACUCUGAGCUGAGUAUAGAAGAUGAUGAAGAAGGAAAAGUGAAGGGAAAGGAUGUGUUAUUUAGUUCUUCAAAUUAUAAUCUGAAACCCAAAACAUUUAAAUGUCAGACUUGUGAAAAAUCUUACAUAGGAAAAGGAGGAUUAGCAAGACAUUAUAAACUUAACCCAGACCAUGGACAGCUGGAGACUUCACCUCAGAAAAUACCUCUAAAUAAGCCUAAUGGAAGUGUAUUUGUGGAAGAGGAAAUGAUGAGUCCAGCACAUUUGGAUUCAAUUGCUGUCACUUUAAAUCAUGAAAAAGCACUAGCUACCAGUCUGGAAGAAACUGUUGAUUCAAAGGCUGGAGAACAGGCUUCAGAAUCUGAGGAAAGCAGACACUUGCUGGCAGAACAACCAGAUGAAACCAGUUCAGGACAUCGGGGACCUGUAAAACCAAAAGGACCUGGAAGACCCAGACGACCAAAGAGACGUGGUCGACCCAGGAUGGGUGGAAGAUCCAGGUGUUCUGGAAGGCUUAGCAGACCUGGUCAGUCCCCUUCAAAGUCACUUAGUAGUGUGUCAGCAGAACACAAUGUAUUCAGAAGAAAAGCUAGGUUAAAAGAGCUAAUACAACAAUGUGAUAAUGAAGACUUAAUGGAGCUGGCUCUCCCACGUCUUGCAAAGCUUGUUACAGUGUAUGAAUUUCUGUUGAUGAAGGUGGAAAAAGGAUAUCCAGCCAAAGCUUACUUUCCAGAUGUGUAUAGGGAAUUUGAAGAUUUGCAUAACAUGGUAAAGAAAAUGGCUUAUGAUCACCUCAGUAAUUCUGAUUCUGUGCAUUGCCAACAGCCUGUUGAAAUAAAAGAUGCUAAGGUUGCUGAAUCUCUAGGAAUCACAGAAAUACUCAGUGGAGAACAGAAGAUGCAAGGGGCAGGCUUUCAUUCCCAAUGUGUAAUUAAAAUGGUUAGUGAGCAAGUGCCUGCAGACGUACUGGGACAAAAACGGUUAGCUGAGAGCUCAGGGGAAGAACUGUUGCCACCAGCCAAAAGGAGCAAGUUAGAAGAUGUAACAGAGAAUGUGAACAAUGCUUAUGACAGUCAAGAUGAAGUGAAAGAAAAGAGUGAGAAUUUGUGUACACUGUUUGAAAAAGAUGGUUUUAAUCCAUUAAAUGGAGAAAUCCUGCUUUCAGAAGAUAGGCAUAUCACUUGCUGUACAACUGGAAGUACAUUACAGGCAACAGAGGAACAUAAUUCACUUUCUGAUUCAGGAGUUAGAAUUGAUGGUGAAAAUUCAGGUACCUUCUCCCAAACUGUGGAAAUGAGGAUAGAGUAUCCCCAGCCUGUGAGCAUACAGGGACCAGACGUGGCAGGUGAAGCUUCUGUGCUGCACACUGAAGUCGUGCUGCCUGUCGGAGCAGGCAGCUCGGCUGGGCUGGUUCAGGCACGCUUUGUGAGCAGGAGUGCGGCGGGGGCACCAGCAGCUCCUGAACUCCACAGCUCCAUGUCGGAGCCAGCAGUGGCCAGGCACAGCACUGGCCUACCAAUGAGUGAAGAAAAGGGUCACAGUCAAAAAUACGAACUGCAAGAAGAAAACCCUAAUUUUGCAAUUAAAGAACAUUCUGGGCAACUCCAUAAUGCUGACAUGACUGAUGAGAUACAGGAACUUGAAAAAGCUUUUUCAACAAAUGUAGUGCCAAUAAACUACCCCCACAGUGCUCAGGCUGAGUCGCACCAGAACGUUGUCCAGGGAGCCUCCCUGCCCACUCAUGGGAACCAGGAAAAUACUUUCAAAAACCAGAGUGAAUAUUCUGGUGUGACAGAGGAAGCACACAAGCUGGCAAAUACAGUUACUGUAGAUGAAACUGUAGCUUUUGAGAUUUCUGAUGAGAGCCAUGAUUUUUUGUCUCAGGGACAGGAACAGAUUUUUAUUCAGACUUCAGAUGGGCUUAUCUUGUCUCAUCCAGACACCGCUGUUUUGUCUCAGGCGGAAGGCAUUGUUAUUGUGACUGAUUCCAAUGGUACUACAAUGCACAUUCGUACACCCGAAGGGAUACCUCUGGAAACAGUGGAAGCACUACUGGCAAUGGAAGCAGGUGGCCAAAGUGAAAAUAUUUUACUCUCGCAAAGUGAAUUUGAGCCAUAAAUUAGAAAACCCUAUAAGCUUUCUUCUGGAAAAGACUGAUUAUAAAAUGUAUAUUUUUCUAAUGUGAAUACUGAGAUAAUGGAAAUUUAACUUAUUUGUAAACUGUUUCUAUGCCCUGUACUUUUUAUAACUUAUGUUUAUAUAAAUCUAGCAGCAUUGCAACCAAAAAUUCUAGAAUUAACAUUGUUCUAUUUGCUUUAUAUGUUGGGGAUGGGUGGAAAGUGGAAAUUUUGUCAACCCUAAAACUUGCACUGUUCCCUUUUGUUACGUAAUUCCUUUUCUCUAUAGCCAUCUAAAAAUGCAGUUGUACUGCUGUUCAGCAGUGAUGUGCUGUGUACUGGCAAGCUGUAUAUGGGUAAAAUAAAAGCUGUAUUAAAAAUGUGCAUUUUCUGUGCCGCUGAGAUUACAAAACACUGUUGUUGCACUUUUGAAAAGCUAUCUUGAAUAUUCAUUAGCAUCUAGACUUGAUGCACAUAAAUCUGCCUGGAAUAAUGGGCAGGUUUAAGUAUAAUCCAUAAUAAACUUGUGCAUUCUGGGAACAAUGUGACAGCCUAGCUGAUCCUUACUGAAAUAAUUCACUGAGUUAAGAGACAGAAAUAGUUUCAAAGAAGAUCUGGUUUUUACUGAACAAUUGGAAGUACAAUUGAAAGUCUUUAAGUUGCUUGUCUAAUGUUCAGCCACACCUUUAAAAAUUGCUGUUGACUAGACAUAAAAGGGAAGAUGCAUAAGUAGUGAUCUAAUUUUCCCUAAUGUGGUACCAAAUUCUUUUUUCGCUUUAGUCUAUCAUGGCCUAUUUUUGUUAGACUAGUAUUACACUUUUCAGAUGAUGCAUCCUUUAUCAGUUCUGCACUUCAACCUUCCCAGUAAAUCCACAGUGCCUUGUACUGUUUAAUCAUAAUGCAAAGGGACUGUUGCUCUAGGCAGGGAGAAAGCUUGGCAAAUUACUUGAAUUUUUGUCAUACUUUCAGGUGAUCCUUGGAUCAAGUUAUAUUUUUGUGGAGACAUCCUACCAGCAUCUUAUCCAAGGCAUUGUCUUCUUUCAAGAAGUUUAGCAGGUGAAAAAGAACAGCAUUAAAUGAGCAGACAUUACUGAAAGGUGGUAACAGUUCCUUAAAAUGUGUGUCACCUCAUUACUGAAGAAAUGCAACUACUGGGACAAUUGGACAAAUCUGCCACGGACAGGAGAGUUGUUCUUAA